AUGCCCCUAUUUCGAGAUCCGGAUCGGCGGCGUCAUUAUCUAUGGUCACCCGACCAUGGUAAUCGCGAACAGCCGACCACAGGGUCCUCCCAGUCCCAGCUAAAUGAUCUCAAUCACCCUGAGAUAGCUGCCCCAGAAAUGGCAACCAACUCCAUGCAUUCAACGGCGUUGGAUCCGCCCAAGUCGUGGGCGAAUGACCGGGAGGAACUCAUACACCGCAUCAAAGAACAUUCGCCUUGGAGACUUCAACAUAUGUCCCCGGAUAGGCACAACAGUGAUUUAUUUAACUCUCGAAUUUCACCAGAGCAGUCACAGACAGCAGCAAGAGAACAUGAAGGCCGCUCUCUUAGCCGAGAACAUCACACCAAAGUGACAGAGGAACUGGGAUCGCCGGCCGAUAUCCAGAGGCCUCGAUCCGCAUUACACUCCGGUGAUUUCAGGGAAGGCGCCACAGAUCCCCAUGACUUAAACGCCCCUGGACCUCCUUUUCCUGGGCCCAGUUCGGCUUCUCCCUAUGUUAACUGUAGCUCCUCUCCUACUACUCCCUGGUUUGGAGCACCGAUUUUGCCACCCGAUUUGCGAAAGACAAGCACAUCAAAUGAACAUCGUCAAUCUGAUGAUAUUGUGAAUGCUCGCGCUCGUGCGCCGUCAGUGGGUUCAUUCUCAUCAAGCUAUAUUCUGAAAGCUCCCACCAGUCCCCUUGUACACCAAGCGAAUAACACCGACUUGGACUUUUCAUCCCGUGUUGACCAUGGGGAUGUUUCGGAAGCUUUGGAGAGAAAAAACCGUCGCCGUACUCUGCCGCCAGAGACAUUUGGGAAUCUCCAAUUCUCCCUACCAAGCCAUCAAAUUCCCAGCCUUGGCAGUCCAUCUUCACCCAGACGGCAGCAGGAUAUCUUCACCAAUCAAACGUCUUUGCCUCGCCGGUCAUUGACCUCAGCGUAUAGUCUUCAACUGGCACCGUCCCCCGGUGGGCAGAUCGCACCAUCGCGAGUAAGAAGGCCGUCUUUUGUCUCCGAUAUCUUGUCAAACUCCCAUGCACCGAUGGUAGGGUCUUACGAGGAGUCAAUUUUACGCGGGAGAAUGUCAAUGAAUCCUUCCAAGCCGCUGGAUUUCACGGCUCAGAUCGGUGUCCUGGGCAAGGGGAAAUGCAAAGGCCAUCUCAAAUGUCCGCCACAUGUUACGGUGCCAUUUUCGGUUGUUUUCUACAGCUAUCCGACCUCGGGGUGUGGCCGCUCAAUCUCAGAUGACAAUCCAAGCCCCUAUGUGGGACAAAUUGACUUGGAAAAUUCCCUUCCAAAAGAGAAUCCCAGUCCGACUCGACGUCGCAGGCGACAUCCAAAUGCCACGGGACUCCAUGAAGACACUCCCAUCACAAAUGCAGCAAACGAUACUCGUACUAGUGGUGCUGACUCACAACGCCGUCGGGAAAAGAAGAACCGGAGGUCAGAAUCGCCUAAAUGUCCCCCAGGAGGGUCUUACCGGAUUCCGCAACAAGGUCAACUACAAAUCAUCAUCAAGAACCCACACAAGACAGCGGUCAAGCUUUUCCUAGUUCCAUACGACCUCGGUGAUAUGGAACCUGGCACAAAGACCUUUAUUCGGCAACGCAGCUAUUCGGCAGGUCCGAUCAUCGAUAUGCCGCUCAGUGCACGAAAGAAUUUUGGGACCGAUCGCCCUGAAGCUUCCUUGAAUCCCACAGAAGACCCUCAAGACAAACCCACCCUGCGAUACCUCAUUCAUCUGAACAUCUGUUGUCCCGCGCGCGGUCGCUUUUACCUACAUUCGACUAUUCGCGUGGUUUUUGCGAACCGCGUCCCGGACGGCAAGGAGAAAUUACGGAAUGAGAUCCAAAAUCCCGAGCCUCGGUACACACCAUACAAGCCAUCCCGAGAGUCUUCCAUCUCGAGUACUGCGAGCGCAAAUGCGCGCCUGGGAGUUGAACAAACUUCCAGCAGACGGAGUGUAGUCCAGGGAGUGAUUCCUCAUCUGCAUCCACAUGUGUCAUCUCCUAGCGAAUUCCCCUCACAGCUAAAUGUGCCAAGACCCAUGGAUGUUACGGGUGGCCCUGAAAAUACUCCUCCUUCACAUAGUGUAUCUCGGUACAACGAGCUCACCAAGAACAAUAAGGAUUACGGGCGUCAUCCAAGCGGUUCAGAAGCCAGCGAGAGCCUACUCGCCAAAAGACUCCGAGGCCUCGAUGUGCACAGGUCAGAGUCCACAGUAGACGAACGGCAUCCGCGCAAAUUAGGCUUCUAUGACCGACCAUCUCCCACGCACAACCACCGCCCUCGCUGA